CACCAGAUGGGCACGUGCCGCAUGGGGCGCUCGCCGCGCGACUCCGUCGUCGACGCCGCCGGCGAGUCCUGGGAGCUGCCGGGCCUCUACGUCGUCGACGCGUCGCUCUUCCCGACGGCGUCGGGCGUCAACCCCAUGAUCACGACCAUGGCCCUGGCGAAGGUCGUCAGCGACGGUCUGGUUCGGAGGCUCGCC